UGAAUGCCCAAGCCAGUCUAUAGCUGAAAUAAAAGCGAUUAAGGAUAAAAUUGACGGUGUAUUUGUGAUUGUAAACAGGCUUUGUUAUUCUACAACUAGAUUACUAAAUGAAUUUUCUGCAAUUCUCGCCAGAAAGGAUCUUCUCGAUUCCACUACCCAAACUGAUUUCGAAGCACAUAACAAUGUCGGAUUAAAUAUAGCUGAUGCCACAAACGUGACAGAUAUCCAGUGUACAUACACGCUUAGUGGUUUAUCGACCGAAAUUGAAGGUCUCAAACUAAACAUCAUAAUCACAGAAUCAAAUAUUUUAAGCAAAGUUCAGUCUAACAAUCAAGCGAUUGAGCAAAUUCGUCACGACCUAGACUCAAUCAAAAGCCAUCAGAGUAAAAGUAACUUCAUUUCAGACAAUAAUACUGCCCCAAUUACAAAUUCUGAAUCAAUUAAUGUUGGACCUACAGCUAACUCAACCAAGAUUGAUAGUACUGCCACAAUUCCCAUAUGUAAACAUGGUUCAAAUCAGUCUUGUGCUCAAUUACGGUCAACCGUAAUCUGCCAACAAAAUACCAACCCUCCCGGAGUAGCCCAGUUUUGUUCUGUUAGCAGUAACAAGCCAAAUAACAAGUUAACGCUCCAGGCCUACCCUAAUUCUAACAAACACGUUACCCAGCAAAUCGAAGGUGCACCAGGAAUAAUGAUCAACAGAAUCAUUAUAAAGUAUGCAAAUCCACCUCCGACCAUAAAUUAG